AGCAACAGGAGACGUGAUCAUUAUGCACGUCUUGCGGAAGAAGCCCCUCUGGAUGGUAUUGAACAAGAUGCUGCACAUCUACUCCUUCUACUUGAUAGUCAUCCCGACCAUGCUCAACUUCACGACGUUCAUGAAAGUGUUCAACUUGAAGUUCCGGCUCGUCAACGACUUCCUCGAGUCCUACGUCAUCCGUUACGACCAGACGGAGCUGGAGAAGAAACCGCGACAGCCGCUCGACGUCAUCUUGAAAGACGUUGUCGUCGUCCACUCAAUGCUCCGCAACGCCAUCGAUGAACACAACGAGCUCUAUUCCGUCCAGAUCCUCUUUUUCUUGGCCACCUGCUUCACGAACUUCAAUAGCAACGUCUUCUUCUUUUUCUUCGCCUCGCCGAAUAAGAUCCAGACCAUCUACUGCCUCUACUGGUCGUCCAUGCAUUUUUUCAUUCUCACCAUGCUGCUCAGGGAGACCUCGAACGCUAAAAUCGAAGCAAACUCGACAGCCCGCAUUAUACACCAACUUCUCCUGAGUAAUGUCAGCGACAAAGUAAAAAAUGAGUUGCAGCUCUUUUCGUUACAACUCAUACACGAGAAAGUGAAUUUCACUGCGUGCGGAUUUUUCCCACUGGAUCUGUCCGUGUUAUUCAACACAAUAUCGAGCGUCGUCACGUAUUUGAUAAUAUUAAUACAACUGCAGAUUUCGACUCAAGAGAGCAGCGUCUUCAAAGUUGCUAUGAAGAAUAACGCGACUGCGGCAACGGCACAGUGAUGCUUUUGUCGACGGUUUCAUCUCAGCUAUAGAUUUCUGAUUUUAUCUAUGCAGGGUUGAAAAAUAGUGACAAACAAAUUCAACGAACAAAAAGCUGAAAUUUCAUCAUUAGAUGUAGAAAAUCAAACCGGGCGUAACUUCUUGAUCUUCACAACUUGAAUAAAAGCACUUUUAGGUUUGGGUCUGUA